UCUUCCAUCUUCUAGGUAAAGUCUAGGGUUUGAUUUUUCCAUAUGUUCUACUUGGAAUAUUUCUCUUGUAUAGUAUAGUAUAGUUCUCAAAUAGAAAGAAGAAUAAGUAGAAGUAUGCUCAAAAAUUUAUUUCUUCCUUUCCUUCUUAUUAGGACAAACUAGUAAUUAAGAGUAGCUAGACCUAUUACCAAGUAUGAUGGAGAAUAGUGGUGGCACUGAAUUUUCAAAGACAGGCCCUUAUUCAGACAAAAAUGAAGACGAGGACGAGAACACUUCGAUGAAAUUACCUAACAAGGAUGGAUCAGGAAGCUCAAGCACCAGUACUGUUGAAGAGAGUGAAAAGAAGUUCUCCGUGAGACCUUAUGUUCGAUCUAAGAUGGUUAGACUCCGAUGGACACCUGAUCUCCAUCGUCGUUUUCUUCAUGCUGUGGAAAGACUUGGUGGACACGAUAGAGCAACACCAAAAUUAGUUCUUCAAUUGAUGGACAUAAAAGGACUCAACAUUGCUCAUGUCAAGAGCCAUUUGCAGAUGUAUAGAAGCAAGAAGAUUGAUGAUCCAGCUCAAGGGACUACAAAUCAUCACACGCUUUUUAUGGAAGGUGGAGAUCCAUACAUCUACAACUUCAAUCAACUCCCUAUGCUCUCAAGCUUCAAUCAAAGGUUCAAUUCCCCUUUUAGAUAUGGAGAUGCUUCUUUGAGGAAUUGCCAAGAUAACUUGAUGCAUAGCUCCACAAUGGGACAAAGCACAAUUGACAAGGCCAGAACAAGAUUUUACACUACUCUCAAUGAGAGGAUCUCUCGCAGCAACCACCUUGAUAAGCUCACUCCAUUAUUCCAGAUAGCUGCAAAAUCUCAAGCAAGAAUAUUGAAUCCUUUGAAAAGGAAGGCUAUGGAUUGUGACCUAAUUGACCUGAAUUUAUCUCUAGGAGUAAAGCAAAAAAAUAACAGCCAUGAUGAUGAUGAUGAUGGGAGUACUUUAACAUUGUCAUUGUCUUCACAAAUAUCUCCUUCAAGAUUGAAAGAAGAUGGUAAUUAUGCUACAAUUGAAAAUGCAAGAAGAGGGGCAAGUACUCUUGAUCUGACUCUAUGAAUGUGACAUGAUGAUUCUAAGUGAGAUCUUGAGGUACUUGUUUCUGAGAUUAAUGCAUUUUGUUGAGAAUCUCUUUGUACCAUUUACAAAGGUAAUAUUACUACUCUAAUGUUUCAUUUUAUGUGUCUUAGUUUAACUGUGCACAAAGUUUAAAAGAAAUCGGAAAGAAUUUUGGACCUUGUGGUACUUUAUUAAAGACGUGUUUAAUGUAUCAAAA